AUGGAAGUUUUGGGUGAAAUUUUGGUGGUGCCAUUUUUUGGACAAGGGCAUCUCUUCCCAUGUAUUGAAUUAUGUAAACGCUUAGCAUCGGAUCAUAACUGCAAAGCCACCCUCAUCAUCCCGUCUAAUCUUUCCUCCUCCGUUCCCUCCUCCCUCCGCGGCCUUUCCUUAAUUGAAAUAGUUGAACUUCCCGAUGCUCCGGCGUCGCCGCCGCCAGAAACGAUCACUCCACCACUUCCUCAACCAGAUAUGAUCAUGGGGCGACCACCCGGACCGAACCCAUUUCACAAGCAUCAUCAUAAGAUGGGGACUGGACUUGAGGCUUACCUUUCCGAAAGAUGCCCGGAACCGACCCGGGAUCGACCCGUUUGUGCUGUUGUUGAUGUGAUGAUGAGCUGGAGCAAAGAAUUCUUCGCCAAGUUUGGUAUACAGAUUGUUUCUUUCUUCACGUCUGGUGCCUCUUCCGCCGCAAUGCAGUAUGCAAGUUGGAAACAUCAUGCGGCGGAGGAGAUGAAGCCGGGAGACAUCCGGAGAUUUCCCGGGUUGCCGCAGGACAUGGAGCUAAGUUAUUCCGAUGUCCAGAGGGAACAGCCUUUCCGGCGACACAAGCACGCAACUAAUAAUCCGAACAAUCACCCCUUUGGUGGGCCAAAUGCAAAAUUUGGUCGCCCCGAACCGAGUGAUCGACCGAGAUGGCUGGACGAAAUCGAGGGUUCCACCGGAUUGUUAUUCAACACUUGCGAGGGUUUAGAACUUCCAUUUCUCAAUUAUGUAGCUGCUCAGAUUAACAAACCGGUCUAUGGUCCAAGUUUGGAGGAAUAUGAAGAAUUAGCCAAUGCACUGGAAGAAUCGAGCCGGCCAUUCAUAUGGGUGAUUCAACCGAAUGCAGGAAGAUCCGGUCCCCCACCGGGUUUAAUGGCAGAAAAUUCCAGUUUCGAAACCAAGGAGAAAGGUUACUAUCCGCAUGGCCUGAAAGAGAAGACCGGUGACAGGGGAUUGAUAAUAAGAGGUUGGGCACCUCAGCUGCUUACACUAAGCCACCCUUCAGUUGGUGGGUUCUUAUCGCAUUGUGGAUGGAAUUCUACGGUGGAAUCUAUGGGGAAGGGAGUUCCGAUUUUGGCAUGGCCAAUUCGGGGUGACCAAUUUCAGAAUGCCAAACUGGUGGUCGACCAUUUGAGGGUUGGCCAUUCACUAUGGAAACAUGACGAUGAUCCAACACAAACGGUGAAGAAGAAAAGUAUUUUGCAUGGAAUUGAAUCUCUGUUGGAUGAUAAAGAUGUAGCUAAGGAAGCAGGGGAGUUGAGUCAAAGAUUCAUUAUUGGUUUUCCAUCAAGUUCCGAUGCUGGUUUGAAGUCAUUUGUUCAGACCAUGGCUGGCAAUUAG